UUCGCUUCUGAGUUUGAGCUCCCAUAGUGGAACUUGUCAGGAAAAGCCAUGGCCUCAGCCAGCAAGAUGAAGGAGGAAGCCACGUGUGCCAUCUGCCUGUCCCUAAUGUCUGAGCCUAUGAGCAUCAGCUGUGGACACAGCUACUGCAAACUGUGCAUCGUCAGCUUCCUUGAGAAACAGGAAACAUCGGUAAAUAUGGUCGCCUGUCCCCACUGCCGGGCUCCAUUUCAUUUGACCAGCCUCCGGCCCAACAAGCAGCUGGGAAGUCUCAUUGAAGUCAUCAAGGAGAUGGAGCAUGAGAUGUCGUGUGAGGAACAUGGAGAGCACCUCCACCUAUUCUGCGAAGACGAGAGCCAGCUCAUCUGCUGGCGCUGUGAGCGGUCACCACAGCACAAAGGGCACCACACGGCUCUCAUCGAGGACGUAUGCCAAGACUACAAGGAAAAGCUUCAGAACGCUGUGACAAAUUUGAGGCAACUAGAAGAGGAAUGUAUGAAACUGAAGGUGUUCACAACAAAGCAAAUAAGCGAAUGGAAUGAGAAGAUGGACAUUCAGAAACAAAAAAUCCAGUCUGACUUUAAGGAUCUUCAGAGAUUCCUACAAGAAGAGGAGAAGUCUCAUCUGUGGAGACUGGAGAAAGAGAAAGAGCAGACUCUAAAGAGACUGAGAGAUGAUGAGGCCACUCUGGAACAGAAGAGCCAAGAACUCAAGAGUCACAUCCUGGAACUAGAGGAGAAAUGUCAGGGCUCAGCCCAGAAGUUGCUGCAGGAUGUGAAAGACACUUUGCGCAGGAGUUGGGCUGUGACAUUGGAAAGACCAGAGGCCCACUCUUUGGAGCUUGAUACUGUGUGCAGUGUUUCUGAGCUUUAUUUUGAUGUGAAGAAAAUGUUAAGGAGCUAUCAAGUCAGUGUGACUCUGGAUCCAGAUACAGCUCAUCGUGAGCUAAUUCUGUCUGAGGAUCGGAGACAAGUGACUCGUGGAUGCCUCCAGGAUAAUCUGGACAACUCUUCUAGGAGAUUUAGGAUCUUACCCUGUAUUCUGGGCUGUGAAGGCUUCACUUCAGGAAAACAUUACUUUGAAGUGGAUGUGGGAGAAGGAACUGGGUGGGACUUAGGAGUCUGUCUGGACAGUGUUCAGAGGGACGUUGAUCUGAUACAGAAGCCUCAGUCUGGAUUCUGGGCCAUUAGACUAUGCAAAAAGAAAGGCUACUUAGCACUUACCUCUCCCGUAACUUCCCUUUAUCUGAGGGAGCAGCCCCUGGUUGUGGGGAUUUUUCUGGACUGUGAUAUCGGAGUUGUAUCCUUUUACAACAUGACCACUGGAUCCCACAUCUUUACCUUCCCAGAGGCGUCCUUCUCUGAUACUAUCCGGCCCUAUUUCCGGGUUUAUCAACAUUCUCCUUUGUUCUUGCCUCCCCCAGACAAGUAAGGAAAGAAGUAAAAUCUCCUUCUUGGUUUAACUAGCAGAGAAAAUAUAAUGUCAAUCCUGUGAGGGCAGAAAUUUGGUCUGUUUUCUUCACUUCUUGUACUCAGAACAGUGCUGGGUUUUUAGUGGCUACUUAAUAAUUCUGCUUUGAAUGAAUGG